UCGCACGAAGAGUUCUUGUCGCUAAUGCAUAAACGAAAAAGUCUGUUUCACUAAUCCUCGCAAGAUUUGGCGCGCUUUUGCGUGGGGGAUGCACCCACUUCCCCCCUAUAAAUAGGCAGCAGCAGUUGAAGCAGUGAUCUCAUCAUCUCACAGCCUCACGGCGGAGUUGGAGACUUUGGAGCUCUGAAUCCCCAAUCCGUGAGCUGCAGGUGGAGGAAAGAGAGAUGGACGGGGAGCAAGAAGCGCGGUGGCUGGCGGCGCAGGAGAUCGGCGUCGGCGCCGACCUGGUCCCGGCGGCGCUCCGGCAGCUGGAGUUCCUCGCAGCGGUGGACCGCCGCCGGUGGCUCUACGAGGGGCCGCUGCUCGAGAGGGCCAUCCAAAGGUACAAAACAUGCUGGCUUCCCCUCCUUGCCAAGCACACUCAAGCUGCUGUUGUAGAUGGGCCUUUAGUCGUCCCUCUCGAUUGCGAAUGGAUAUGGCACUGCCAUCGGCUUAACCCGGUACAAUACAUAAAGGACUGCAAGAGACUGUAUGGUAGAAUACUCGACAAUAGCAAUGUUGAGUCCUCGAUUCAAACAGAUUCCAGGCAUCAGUCUGAGAAUGUUUGGGCUGAGCAAUAUCCCAAGGAGCCCUUUGAGCUGGAGUACACAAGCACUUGUGAUAACUCAAUUUUUCCAAAUGCUGGAGCUGCAGAGGACAUUUCCUAUGAUUUGGUCUCAGCUGUUAAGAGGCAGUCUUCUUUCUUUUACCAGGUUGACACACCAACUAUGCAUGAUCGUCGAUUUCUGGAAGAAGCUUUAGCUCGGUACAAAGGGUUCUUGUACCUGAUCAAGACAAAUCAGGAGAACAAAAUGAAACUCUUCCGUGUGCCAACGUAUGAUGUGGAUGUCAUGUGGCACACUCACCAACUGCAUCCUGCUACCUACUGCCAUGACAUGCGGAAGCUCCUUGGAAGAGUUCUGGAGCAUGAUGACACCGACGAUGAUCGAUCUGAAGGAAAGAAGCUCGAUGUUGGAUUUUCAGGGACUACCGAACAGUUCGAGAAUUCCUUUGGCUCAAGAUACUGGAAGGCUGGUGCUAUGUACCGUGGCAGCUUGCCAUCUCCUGUGACAUCCAUUCCUUAUAUAUUUAGUAGUGAGGCGCAUGAUGAGUUUGGUGUUGGUCAAGCUGAGUCUCAACUUGCUGUUCUUGAAACAACAAUCAUAGAGCUAUUCUUGCAAAUUGUAGACAUCAAGAAUUUGCCACCUGCAAUUCCAAGGGAAAAUGUAUACAUAUGGUUCACAAAGAAUCAAUCAGAUAUGUUCCUCAGUGAUGGUGGCAGGUUGGAUAUCUCUAAAAAUACAGGGAAGUCAAUCGGAGCUGGUAUCCAAUGUGAACCUACUGGUGAACUCAUUCUUUCAGUACUGGCUGAUCAGGCGUUAUCAUCAAAGAAACCCAAAAAAAUUGGGAAGAUUUCAAUCUCUCUUCAAGAGUUUACACGUCCUGAUUCCAAGCUCUACUUUGAGAGGUGGUUUGAAUUGAAACCUCAUGACGGACACGCCAGUUCACCACCUGUCAGUAUUCGUGUUGCUGCCUCUUCCACUGUCCCAGUGAAGGCUCAGCAGGUGCUUAGCAUGAUCAGGACAGAACCCUUCUCUCUCAAGACUUUUCUGUCGCCAAAUCAUGUCAAGGAUCAAAAGAUGAGCUGCUGGACUCGCUUCGUGUAUGAUUGCAACACUGAACUCAUCCGUCUGCAGAUCAGGGAUCAGAAGGCAAAGAACGGCAUGUUUGUCGCCCGGGAGUUGGUUGGAGUAACAAAGUCAUCAAAGAAACCGUUUAAGCUAGCAGAGCUCAUGGACAACAAAUGGUCACUAAGCAACUCCAACUUAUGCAUCACUAAUGACAUCAAACCAAGCAAGGAUGGCUCUGUACUUGAGCUCAAAUGUGACAACAAAAUGAUCAAACUCUAUCAUGGAAGGAGGCUGGAAUUUCAACGUAAGUGCUGCGACAAUCAUGCAAAGGAGGAUGCUUCAGCUUUUACUGCUGUCAAGUUCUCUGCCGAACAUCCAUAUGGCAAAGCAAUUGCAUUGCUUGACACCAAAUCUGAGCUGAUCGUGGUGAAUGAGGAUUGGUUUCUCCUUCCUUGGAUCGUGAUAUCAUUCUUGUUUCAAGACAUCAGUAUCAAUGACGAUGCGAUCCCUGAACCUGACACUACCAUGGCGUCGGUCGAGACAGUGGCAGCUCAUGCAAAAUCUGCCAGUUGCGGUCCAUCGUGUGCAGGCCACGUGGCCAUCGCCGACGACAAGGUGGCCACCGUGAGCUCCAAGGCCGUCGCUGCAGGCGGCGGCGGCGGUGGCAAUGGGCAGACGGAGUCGGCUGGGUGUGGCUCGGGAUGCGGCGGCGGUUGUGGUGGCGCGGGCGCCAUGGUCGUUGAGGCCACCAAGGCUGGCGGCGGCCGUGCCAAGUCCGGCGGCGGCUGUGGUGGUGGAUGUAGCGGCGGCUGCGGCGGUGGUUGCGGCACCAUGGCCGUCGAGAGCUCCAAGGAUGAUGGCCAUGUGAAGUCUGGUGGCUGCGGCUCUGGCUGUGGUGGCGGUUGCAGCGCCAUCGUCGUGGAAGGCUCCAAGGUCGUCGGUGAUGUGAAGUCCGGUGGCUGUGGUUCGGGCUGCGGUGGUGGCUGCGGCGGCGCCUGCGGUGGCAUGGCCAUGGAAGGCUCCAAGGUCGGCGAUGUGAAGUCCGGCGGUUGUGGUUCGGGCUGCGGUGGUGGCUGCGGCGGCGCCUGCGGUGGCAUGGCCAUGGAAGGCUCCAAGGUUGGCAAUGCCAAGUCCGGAGGCUGCGGCAGCGGUUGCGGUGGAGGCUGCGGCGGCAUGGCCAUGGAAGGCUCCAAGGUUGGCAACGCCAAGUCCGGAGGCUGCGGCAGCGGCUGUGGUGGAGGCUGCGGCGGCGGCUGCGGUGGCAUGGCCAUGGAAGGCUCCAAGGUUGGCAACGCCAAGUCCGGAGGCUGCGGGAGCGGUUGCGGUGGUGGCUGCGGCGGCAUGGUCAUGGAAGCUCCCGAAGCUGGCCAUGCCAAGUCCGGUGGCUGCGGUUCAGGCUGCGGCGGCGGCUGCGGUGGCAUGACCAUGGAAAGCUCCAACCUUGGGCGUGCCAAGUCCGGAGGCUGCGGCAGCGGUUGUGGUGGCGGCUGCGGCGGCGGUUGUGGUGGCGGUUGCAGUGGCGGUGCUAACGCGAGCUCCUGAGCCGGCCGCCGGCAGCCGGCAGCCGGCAGCCAUGGAACCAGCGGUGAAGAGUGAAGACGUGAAAUGCAACAGUAGUAAAGCUCUCUGCAAAUAAAAAGUCAGAAAAGAAAAUGGAAAAGGAAAACUUUGUGCUAUCUGUGAAUACUUACUAUCAGUAAAUCUGUAAUGUGGUGUGAUUUACUGUGAUAAAUAAAGGAGUGGCUCUUCUCUCCAAUCAGAAAUGUAUGAUUUGCUGUGAUAAAUUUUAUGAGGUUGUUAA